UGUCAAAUUGGGUAAAAAACGGCAGAGAAUUGCGCAAAUUUUCAAGUACGUCUGAAUGGGAGGAUUCCGUUGGAUUCCGUGCGCUUCAUCCAAACCAGUUCUGCAGUCUAGGAGUUGGAUUCUGUUGCAAAUGCAAACCCUAGCAACACUACGGCCUCGUUUUGCAGGGCCCUUGAACCGUUCGUUGCUCAAGACCUUGAGCCUCCGAGCACUCUCGUCUUCUUCCUCAGAUUACGCCAGCCAGUCUCUUGGUGGCCUCCCUCGCUUCUUCUCCGAAGUGCUCCCUCCUUCCAAGGGUGGCAUUGUUCAUAUACAAGGUGACGAGUUCUGGCACAUGUCUAAAGUUUUGAGGUUGAGCACAAAUGACAGGGUAGAGCUUUUCAACGGGAAGGGAGGCUUGAUAGGAGGGUGUAUACAGAGGAUUGACCGUUGUGGAUUGGAUUUUGUGGCUUUGGAAGAUCCAAAGUUAGUUCCUACCCCGGGGGCAUAUUGGCAUGUGUUUGCAGCUUUUGGUACUCUAAAGGGUGGUCGAGCUGACUGGCUUGUUGAGAAAUGCACUGAGCUGGGGGCUAGUAGUGUCACCCCCCUGUUGACCGAACGUUCUUCUUCAAUUUCAGAGAAUAGAGUGGAUAGAUUGCAACGUGUCGUUUUAGCAGCAACUAAACAAUGUCAACGGCUGCAUGAAAUGAUUCUGAACCCUCCAAUGAAAAUCGAUGGCCUUCUGCCUCUUAUGGGUUUUCCUGUAGUUGGAGGUAUUGUAGCUCUUGUGAUACCAUUUUAUCAGUUACGUGUGGUUCCCAUUAAUAUUGCUCAGUCGAAGGUUUGCUUUGUUGCUGUAGCAGAGGCUACUCCUGUUGUUAGUGCAUUGUCUUUAUCAGGAAAAGAGUGUAGUGGGCUGAUUAUAGUUGGACCAGAAGGGGACUUCACCAAGAAAGAGGUGGAGAUGAUGUUGGAAGCAGGUGCUACAGCUGUUGGCCUUGGGCCACUUCGCUUACGAGUUGAAACAGCAACAAUGGCACUUUUAUCAACUUUAAUGUUGUGGUCUGACUCUCAGCAAACAUCUAUUUCUACGGAACCCUCUUGCAGAUAGACCUAACAUGGUCAUCUUCUACUCUAAGAAUGUCUCUAUUAUUGCUUGCUACAUGUGGAUUUGUAUGAUAUCCUCGGGAUAAGACUUUUUUGGGCUGAGAGAGGAUUUUUCGUAUGGAAUGGGGAAAUAUAAAUGGAUGCAUUAAAGGGUAAUGUCUUAAUGCAUGAGGGGGACUAGGAGGAAUUAAAACUCAGAAGGUCGGGUUCUGGACAUGACUUGGAUAUGAAAACUUCAAAGUUUUUUUGUUC